AUGGUGAGCACUGUCGUGACAUCCGGGUCUUGGCCCGAAAUGUGACGUCAGUGAAAACACUAUAUGAACUGGUUUGUGGCGUUUGAAAUAGGCACAAAUAAUUUAGUUUUUAUAGUAGCCCCGUGGUUAUACAUUUUUUAUACAUACUGAUUGAGUUUAUGACAAAAAUAUAAUUAAUGUUGUACAUUUACAACAUUCUGCAUGCGGUGUGAGACGCGCAUGCUCAGACCAUGUGGGCGACGCAUUAGGAAAUAACAGUGCCUGUCCGGACAUUCAAUGUCAUGGCGGCACAUCUGAAGAAGCAGCUUAAAGAGGCGGUGAAGGUCAUCGGCUCAGGCUGCCUCCUCUUUGCCUCGUACCUCACGGCGGUGGGAGAUGAAGGUUUCUAUGCCAACCAGCUGAUGCCGCUGCUACAGAGAGCUGUGGGGCCAGAGACCGCCCACGUCUUAGGGGUGAAAAUGAUCGGCCUGGGUCUGGUGCCUCUCAACCGCUACCAGGACCCAGAGUCACUCGAGGUAAACCUCCUGGGCCUGAAGUUCAAAAACCCCGUUGGGAUUGCGGCGGGCUUCGAUAAGCAUGGCGAGGCCGUGGAUGGAUUGUACAAGAUGGGCUUUGGCUUCGUCGAAGUCGGAACCAUCACGCCAAAACCACAAGAGGGGAAUCCCAAACCGCGUGUGUUUCGACUGGCAGAAGACCAAGCCAUCAUCAACAGAUAUGGCUUCAACAGCUGUGGUCUGCUCGAAGCACAGAAGAGGCUAAAGGUGCGUGAGGCCGCUCAGCAGGAGCAAACAAAAGCUGGCCUUCCCCUGGGCAUCAACCUGGGAAAGAACAAGCUGUCCCAGGAUGCAAAGGCAGAUUAUUCGGAAGGGGUGAGAGUGCUGGGCCCGCUGGCUGACUACCUGGUGGUAAAUGUCAGCAGUCCCAAUACGCCAGGUCUUCGCAACUUACAAGGCAAAGCAGAGCUCAGCCAGCUCCUGCGUACGGUGUUGAAGGAGCGGGAUGGCCUGCAGGGAGAACACAAGCCUCCUGUCCUGGUCAAGAUUGCUCCUGACCUCACCACCCAGGACAAAAAGGACAUUGCUGAUGUUGUGACUGAGCUUGGAGUGGAUGGCUUAAUGGUGUCCAACACUACUGUGUCCCGGCCUGAGACGCAACACAAUCCUCAUAAGGGUGAGGCUGGUGGACUUAGUGGGCAGCCUCUGAAGGACAUCUCCACAAAUGCAGUCCGAGAAAUGUACAGCCUCACCAAAGGUAAAAUAGCAAUUAUUGGAAUUGGCGGCGUGGCCAGUGGACGGGAUGCAAUGGAAAAAAUCCGUGCUGGCGCAUCACUGGUUCAGAUUUAUACAGCUUUAGCGUACCAAGGCCCACCUGUGGUCACCAAGAUAAAGCGGGAAUUGGAACAGCUUCUGAAAGAACAAGGAUUUAGUAAUGUUUCUGAAGCCAUCGGAGCAGAUCACAGAGGAGCACACUAGCGAAGCCUUCUAACAUGGAUUGUUAAAAAAAUAAAAAGUCCUACCUAUGUCCUCAACCUACCGUAAGUGCAAACAAUGCUAAAGGUGCUUAGGUCAGUUUUGUUACAGUGUAACAGCAAUCAGAGUGCUUUAACUCUACACACACUAGUUGUUUUUACACAUUUGUAUGCAAUAUUGUUGUAAGUAAAUAACAGGACAUUCUGCCUGAUAUCAUCUUCAUGCAUCAUGUUCAUAUGAAAACGAACCCUCAUAGGCACAGUAGGAACAUGCAAAUAGACACACUAAUACCGCUGCGCCUAGUAACAUUUCUAUGCUGCUUGU